CGUGAUUAAACCCAAGGUGUUCAAAUCCAAUAGCGUAUUUCUCUAUAAAAAAUGUUAUGUUACGUCUGAGACGUGUUUUUUUUUAAUUUUUUGUCAUAAUGGUUGAAGUCGAUGUAAUAGACGUACUGUAUUUGUGCCGCUGCUGCUUACGGCGACCCCCAGACAAGGAUUUAAUGAGGCCCUACAGAUAUCUCGGUAGAACAGAAAUAUAUGCAGACAUACUGGCAAAAUGCUUCGAUAUCCGUCUAUCAUUGGACAUAGAUGAUGAGUGCGGGAUCUGCGAGGUGUGCGUGGGGCGCCUGCGGGAGGCGAGCGACUUCAAGCUGCAAGUGCAGCGCAGCCAGGCCGAGCUGCGCGCGCGGCUGGACAGAGUGCUGCAAGCCAUGGAUGAAGUACCAGAAGCCAAGUCUAAGAUGGUCCAGGAAGAUGCCAAGUUGAUGGCAGAUGAUGACUUUAUAUUAUUAAGUGAAGAGUCGUCAGUCGCGUCAAAGACGGAGAUGGCGGGUGACGCGUUCAGCGACGAAGAUGUGGCAACGCUGGCAUUGGACAGCGCAGCUGAUGCAAAGGCGGGGCCGCAGCUGCCUGUGUCCGCCCGCGCCACGGAGCAGCUUACAAUGGCUUGCUCCGCGAGGCGCGACUGCCUCCGCGAUGACAAGGCUCCAAACUUAAGAUCUCACGAAACUCCGCAGCACGAAAGCUCGACGCAUAUGAGUAACAACGCUGAACGUGUCGAUUCGCCAUGUCAAACUUUUAUCGAGGGUGAAACUUACCAAUGCGAUGUUUGUAAAGAACAAUUUGUAGACAAAAAUAAUCUGACGACGCAUAUUCUAAUCCAUACGGUUAAUGAUGGAGAGGGUCAUGUUAAUUGUGAUUCACAUAAUACAAUAAAUACUAGUGAUAAUGGUUUAACACACAGACGUCCAGAUAUCGAGAAAGAACUAGUUUCCAGCAAUGUAUAUGAAAAGGAGUUCAAGAAUUUAAAUGCCCAUCUUUCCAAGAGGGAAAAGUCUUAUUCAUGCGACAUUUGUCAAAAAGAGUUUGACAAUUCGAACUUAUUAAUGAAGCAUAAGAAAAAUCACAUUUGGGCGGAAAAAGAAUUCAUCUGCGAUGUCUGUAAAAAGUCAUUCAGUCAUAAAACUCCAUUAAUAACUCAUAUGCGUGUACACACUCGUGAGAAGCCUUAUGUCUGUGAAAUAUGUAAUAAAAAGUUUUCAGUAAUUUAUAGCUUACAGCGCCAUUUAAAGCUGCACGCUAGAGAUGAACAAAAAUGUGAAUAUCAAUCUGUAUUUGAUAAAUGGGAAAAAGAGUACACCACUAAACAUAACUUGAUAAGACAAAUUCCUAAAUGUAAUAUAUGCCUUAAACAGUUUGCACAAAAAGAAACUUUAGACGCUCAUUUAAAGUCUAAUUGUUUACGAUAUUUUUGUGAUUUUUGCAAAAACGGGUUUAGAACCAAAUAUAGGUUGACACUUCAUAUUUUUAAUCACAUGGGAAUACAGCCUUAUCCUUGUGAAGUAUGCCAAAAACGGUUUACACAAAAAAGUGACCUAGACGCACACCUCAGAUGCCACAUAAAAUACACUUGUGGUAUAUGUCAUAAAGGUUUCAUCCAUAAAUCAAUGUUGUCUAGACAUUUGCUAAUACACGGGAAUAGGAAACAUUAUUCUUGUAAAGUAUGCAAAAAACAGUUCCAAUAUAAAAGUCACUUUAAUGUUCAUCUCAUUAGUCUCAGGCCAGGACAAUCCUGCGGCAGACGUCAUGAAGUAUUUGAAAGUAAAGAUCGCCUAAACCAUCACCUGAACACACACAUGGCUGAAAAACAGGAGAAGCAAUUCGUACAAAAGCAUGCCUUUAACAACCGUUUAUUACACCAGGCGUGUAAUUAUCAAUUCUCCGGCUCAUCCGAAAAAGUGUUUAAACGUAAAAGAACAUCUGAUUUUCAUCUCAAAACUCACAAGGGGAUUCCUCAAUACUUCUGCGAUGUUUGCAAAAAAGAAUUCACUGAAAAAGAUUCAUUUCUAAAACAUACCUGUCAACGUAAAGAGGGAACAAAAUACUCACGUGAAACAAAUUGGUGUUGCGAAAUAUGUGGAAAGCAAGUUAAGUCGCAUGCUUUUAUUAAUCAUAGGAAUUCACAUAUGGGAGUGAAACCAUUUGCCUGUAACUUUUGUCCCAAUCGAUUUACAUGUGAAACAAGUUUAAAACGUCAUAUCCGUACACACACGGGUGAAAAACCCUUUUCCUGUGUAAUAUGUCACAAGCGAUUCGGACGCUCAGAUUCUUUGAGAGACCACAUGCUUAUACAUAGCGGACUCAAACCACAAUCUUGUAAAGUGUGCAAUAAGCAAUUUAGACUAAAAAAUACGUUAGACGGUCAUGUGCAACGAAUUCACACCGGUGAAAAACGAUAUACUUGCGAUGUAUGUCAAAAAAGAUUUCACACAUUAUCUGACUUAAAAUUUCAUUAUCCAAGUCAUACUGGGGAAAAACCGUACGUUUGUGAAAUUUGUAACAAGAAGUUUGCUCUACCUAAAGGUGUCAAGAAACAUCUUAGAAAUGUUCAUAAGGAGGGACCUUCUAAAUUUGUUGUAAUUAAAUAGUGGGUAUAUGGUAUGCAUAACGCAUGAUAAUAUUGAUGAAAAAUGUAUUUUAUUAAAUACAGUAGGAAUCAUUCUUACAUCACUAAUAUAUAAAUAAAUAAUAAAUGUUCUUAAUCUCGGCCGUGAUUACACCUGUAGUCCGGUAGCAAAAAGAAAGACUGGUUAAAGAAGAUACCGAUAUUAACUAGCGGCGCUAGUUAAUGAAUUAACCAUACUUUGCUGUUUUUAUAUCAGUAAAAUGUAUUUUAAGUU